AACACCUUCAAUUUGGCCAAACUCUUCGACAUUUCCUAUUAUAUUUUGUAGGGGAAGCCGAUAAUGCCGAUCAAUUUGAAGGCAAAGUUAGCUUACGGCACAUUUCACUCAACAUAUAAAGAUGAAGAGAAGAUUAAAGAAAACAUGGUGUUGGUGGAUAAUAUUGCUGCCGCGUCGAAGGAUGCAGCACUACGUGCUACCCAAGAAGCUGCUGAUGACCCUCAUGUUUUGUCAAGAGAGGAAAGUAAUGCCAUUGCAAUGAAUGUGAUGGGGUAUAAUAACCGGGGCAGAUUUCCAUUGAUGGGGGUUGGAGCUCAGCGGGGUACCUCCAGAAAAUCCUCCACGGCAUCCUCGACAACCUCGACUGCAACUACAUCAUCAAACAGAACUCACACCACUUCUACAAUUAUGCGCGUCAACCGUUAUCUGCGCGGUAAGAUCGACCCUACUUUACUCAUGCAGAUGACGACGGCUAUGUGUUCAGAUUUGCCUCCAUCCCCUACUAGCGACGAUGUUUUUAGACACAUCGUUUUAUGCUUGUCCGGGAAGAUUUCAGCUGAAUUAUUUGGAGAAGUUUUGGACCAAAUAGAUUUAGACGCUGGCGCACAGGCUGGACUUGCUGGAAAACAUUCAGGUUGUUUGUAUAAUUGCAUGCAUAUGUUAUCCUAG